AUGUCAGUUUCCACAAGACCUCAUAACGGAGCACUCAUUCAACGUGAAGUAUGGUACCGCAACCCUACUUUUGUUUGGGUACUUAAGGCAGCAGCCAUCAACUUCGUAUUGCCCUUCUUCAAUGGUGUCAUGCUUGGUUUUGGUGAAAUUCUAGCAAACGAGGUCAUUUUCAAAUAUGGCUGGUUCGGCUACAGUAGACCCACUGUAGGUAUUCAUGCUUCUAUUCCUGCCAGUGGAACAAAAGAGUACAGAAAGUCCAUCGAGGCACAAAUCAAACACGAGCAAAAGAAAGAGAAGGAUGAGCUUUUACUUUUGGAUUAG